UUGUAGUAUAUAUAACCUCUCCCUCCAAGUUUACCGUUAAAUUCAAGAUUCCGGAGCGACAAUCUCUCUCUAAUCCCGCCGGCGGGAAUGCUCAGUAUCCCUGACAAACAGCUACAGUCGGAAAAUUUUCCCAGAAUAAAUGAUCGUGAAGAUAUUGAAAAAGAUCGGCGACCGUUGACGUAUCCCUCUCUCUCAUUUAUAUCUCAUUUUCUUCUCGCAAUAAAUGCCACCGCUCCCCACUUUCUUAUUAUUCAAACUUGGAAUCGUACUUGGCUUGGGGGUCUGGAAGUGAAGAAAUAUAGCUGUUAAAAGGCUUUUGUGGAUACAGUUAUAGUUUUAUGGUGUUCAUCUGUUGAUUCAUUGGCUGCAUUGGUGGGUGAUUGGGAGUGAUUCUUAGGUUGAAGACUUGAAGAGUGAAUAAUAAUGGCUAUUGUGAGUUUACAUAAUAAUGUUUCUGCAUUUGAUUCUUCUUUCCUUGGUGAAUCUCUGUCUCCUGUGUCAAGGCGACGGGGCGAAAGAGAAAGGCCAAUAAUGGUGUCUUCUGCAUCCACUCUCAUUCAAAUGUGGAGGGAGAUUGAGGGUGAGAGCAUGGUGAGUAAUACCAUAACCAGAUUUGGUGAUAGAGAUGGGCAACUGAGGAGUGAGGGUGUGAAUUCUGUGGGCAUUUUCGAGUCAGAUGGGCACAAUAAUGGUGUUAAUUCCCAAAAGCAGACAGUUUUGCGGAAUGAAAAUCAGAAUGGCACCUCAGAUUACUCCAUGGAUCUUGGGGAGAUAGAAAGGCAGAGAGUGAGGCAAGUUUUUCGAGGAUGGAUGGGCGAUGGUGUAAAGAUUCGUUCUUUGAACACACCGUCGCCUAUCAAAGGCCAAUCAAAGGGAGAGUGGUUAGGUGGAAGUGAGUGUGUAAAGUUGAGAAUUGUAAAGGAAGGGGUGCAGAUGUAUAAUGAGCAGAGAGGCACAAACAACUCUGAUAGAGAUGAAGGGGGUGCUGAAAAUAGUCCUCAAAUUGAGCAAGUGAGUGAAAGGGUGCUGGCGAAAAUUUCUGGAAAUGGAGAGUGGAAGGGCUGCAGGGCCUUAAGAGGACUACGCGGCAGACAGGCUCUUCUCGAUUUGCUGCUGAAGGCUCAGAGGGAACGGCAGAGAGAACUUCAAAGUUUGAUGGAGGGUAGACAUGUAUCAGACUUUGCUUAUCGCAAUCGCAUCCAGUCACUGCUGAGAGGCAGAUUCCUGCGAAAUGGUAGAUUGAUCCGGGAUGAAAGAUCAGUUGCAGCGAGCGAAAUAGGCCUUCUGAGACAAAGACAAACUGUUUCUUAUUUGAGGGAAGGAUUUUUGUCUAGAUUGGUCCAUAUUGAGCCUGGUCAUGGUCAAAUUUGUGGUUUUCAGUCCAAUGGUGAACAUAAUGGUCUCGAAAAUAUUCGCUCUCAAUCAGACAUUGGACUAGAAUCUGAGCUUGCAUAUGAAUGGAGAGAGAUAGAUGAUGGAUCUCAGAGACUUGGGAACUCAGAGACAGUUGGGGACAUGAAUCAACACGGAAGAACUGUCGAAACUGCUGAAACAUCAGAGCGACGCUUAGAAUGUGACAGUGAAAGUUGGCUCGAAAGUGCAGCUAACCAACAGUAUCCAACAACUCGUGACAACGAUGUUGGAGAACAUAGCGUCGAGGAGUCAAUGGAUGGUCCUGUUGGAAGGGCAGACUCGUUUUACAUCCCAGAUGACAACGAUGUUCACAGCGUCGAGCUUAGAGAACUGCUGAGCAGGCGACGUGUCUCUAAUCUACUGCAAAGUGGUUUUCGCGAGAGACUAGACCUGCUUAUACAGUCUUAUGUGGAGAGGCAAGUGCAGGCUUCUCUUGACUGGGAGAAUGAGGAUGAGGGUGACAUAAACGAUAUCGAAAGAAAUAACUUUUCACCAGAUUCUCUAUCCCAGCCUCUUUGGGAGCAGGAGUGGGAAAUCAUCAAUGAGCUAAGGACCGACAUGGAUAGGCUUCAACAGCAGAUGAACACUAUGCAGAAAAUGGUGGAAACUUGCAUGGACAUGCAAAUCGAACUGCAGAACUCUGUGCAAAACGAAGUUUUUGCAGCCUUAAAUCACUAUUCUGUUUCAAAAGAUGGAAAUGCUGCAUGUGAGGACAAUCUUGUGAAGGAUGAACCGAAAUGGGAUAACGUGAGAAAGGGAAUCUGCUGCUUAUGCUGCACAAGCAGCAUAGAUUCAUUACUAUACAGGUGUGGGCACAUGUGCACAUGUUCAGAAUGUGCAGAAAAACUGGUCCAAGAACACGGGAAGUGCCCAAUGUGUGAGGCACCUGUAGCUGAGAUGAUCCAGGCUUACUUUAUACAACAAUAAUAGGAAUAUUAGGGAUCGAAGUCUUUGCUUUUCUUGCACACUUAGCUUGCUCGAGGGAAAUGGUCAAUUCGAUUCUAUGGUAAGAUUAAAGAAUAUUGGGAUGAGCUUUUUUUGAACUGAAUUAUCCUGACAUAGCUGACAAACACAAAACAAAGUCCAAGUUUUUUUAUGAUGGCUUGCAAGUUGCUCUACUGCAACAGUUUACUGCUGCUGGGAUGUGUUCCUGUGAAGAUGAUUUGUGGAAUUAUAGGAAGAAGAGUUAGGAACAUGAAUAUAGUAUUAUAUGGUACUGAAGAAGAUGUUCCAAAUUAGGUGGAGGAGACACAUUCAUGGUGAAAUGCUAAAAUGUUUUUUUUUUUUCCCAGCAUGAUGCAUUGUUAUGCCUCCUGUAUCCUAGCUUGGAUGAGAUAAAAUUUGCCAAUA